GCUCCGAUGCCAGUCGAUCCCGGACGCGACUUCUGCCUAUCUUAUCUCCAGCAAGUAGACUUGUCCACGGAGUCCGAUUUUCUCACAAUUGCUCAUGAAGACGAAUAUUCAGCAGACGAAUGUUUCAGCAGACGAAUAUUUCAGCAAGCGCAGAGGACAGGAUCUCAUACAGCAAGCAAUCGAACCGGGAUCAAGGAAAUCGAAGCGAGGGUGGGGGAGAUUGUGAAUCACUGCUUGGAGCUCCACGUGAUUGUUCGUCCACGUGGGCCGUUGUGGUCGUAGACGGCCAAGGCGGUGUCGCCAUCGAUGGCCAUGAUGCCAGGCCAAGUGCCCUUGCUGACCGUCGCUGGCCUGCCCCAUUUGAUCUUGCCCGAGUGGGGCGGUCCGCCGAAGAUGGCCUUUACGGUCGAGCCCUUUGUCAACGGGUCCUCGUCGGUACCGCAGACGAUGACGAGCGAGCCGUCCUGGUAGGCUGCAAUCUGCGGCGAGCCCGUGUUCUUGCCCGGCGUGGGCGCGUAUACCUCGUGCCGGUUGAUCCACGUCGCACCGUCGUCGUACGACAGAGCUGCUUCCACAGAGAAGCUCCGGUGGCGUGUCGUCUCAAAGACGAGGACGAGGCAUUCGCGGUCGCCGUCGCGGGUGCUGGCGAUGCCUGUCAUGCCGUCUCGGAGACGCUGGUCCCAGCCCUCGCAGCACCUGGGCUGGGUCCAGGUUGCCCCUCUGUCUUCCGAGACAACGAGCAUCGAGUCUUGCUGGUGCUCGUUGUGCUCGUGCGAGUACAGCAGCUGCACCUCGCCUCUCUUUCCCAGCCGCAUGAAUGGCUCCCAGAUGCCAAAUGGCGGGGCCUUUUCGGCCGCUUGCGAGGUAAAGUUCCACGUCUUUGCUCCGUCGAGCGAAUGGCAGACCGUGAUGCGGUAGUGCGCGCCGCCCUCGUCGUGGUUCCGAAAGGCCGCCAGGACGCAGGGCGGCUCCUUGCCAUCACGGCUCGGCACCUCCAAAAGGAAGAGGUUGUCGACAUCGCCCUUUCCCCUCGUCACCUCGGCGAGGUCGUGGAACGUCUUGCCAUUGUCUGUGCUCUUGGAGAUGCAGAGGAUCCGUUCGGGUCCAUUGAAGCGCGUGAAGCCCGCAAGGAUCGACCCGUCGGCCAGCCUGGCCAGGCGAGGAUAGGUCCCGGCCACUUUGCCAUCCGUCAAGGGCCGCUCAUCGUCGUUGAUCUGGCCUUUGCCUGAGGUUGUCGAGCGGGACUUGCCUGCCGACGACGACUGCUGAACGAACUGCUUGAGGGCACCUCCGAUAGUGGGCAUGGUUGCGCGGAUGCCACUGACUGGCCAAGGAGGGUGGUGUGGAUGCGGUGCAGCACCUCCGCCUCCACAUGCCCGUCACCGCCUCGGCGCUUUCGCCCGCGUGGCGUACUCUUC